AUUAUUUGCUUUCAUUUGCAACAGAAAAGCUUGUGGUGUAUAGAGACUGUUGGGGAAUGUUCUGUUUGGUCUUCCCCUGGCCUGUUUAAGUGAUAAAAGUGUCAUUAUUUAGCCUCUGGAGCAGAGAGGAGAGAGCAAACAGGACUGUGUGACCCUCUGUCAAGAGCCUCCGUUCUCCAGAAGCUCAUUAAAGGCCUCCAGGAGGAUUGCGCAUCUGCUGGCAGGGCACUGCAGCUUCCUCUCGCCCUUUUUAAAGCCCCUCUGCUCGGAUUCAGCCCACUCACCAACAGACUAUCGUUAGAAAUGGACUCAACUUAGAGCCCGAGUGGGACUGAAAGGUGUGGCGCUGUGCGGAGGCGCAGGCGGCUUAUUAAAACAGCAGGAACAGCGCUUGGACUCGAGCCAAGGAGGAUCUGACCCUGUCGUGCUCCGACCGGAUUUGGAUAAGUUUGGAUUUACUUGUUGAGAUGCUCUGUGUGUCUGGUCAAUGAGUCCAGUCGGUCCUCGAAGCUUUGACCGAACAGCAGACAUAUAAACGUGGCAUAUUCUCUGUGAGCCUGUGUGUGGAGAUGCAGGGCCGCUUAAGGGACUCCGCGUUGAUCAGUUUCGUCACUGACAUGAACCUGAUGGAGUUUCCUCAAAGGUGCGCUCUGGAGCCCAUGCAGCAGGUGGAUAAUGAGCCCUCCAGUCCGUCGGACCAGCUGCGGCCCUGGAGUCGGGACCUGGAAGACGAGGCGCGCACCGAGCUUCUGGUGAUGGGCGCGCCGAGGUGCUACAGCCGCGGAGCGCACGGACACCGAGGCAAGAGCAAACGGAGGAGGAUCAUCAACGUGGUCCAGCGGCAGGCGGCCAACGUGCGGGAGAGGAAGCGGAUGUUCAGCCUGAACGAGGCGUUUGACGAGCUGAGGAGGAAAGUCCCCACAUUCGCCUACGAGAAGAGACUGUCCCGUAUCGACACGCUGCGGCUGGCCAUCGUCUACAUCUCGUUCAUGACGGACCUGCUGGAGCAGAACCGCCAGAACCGGACCGGACUGGACUGAUGACAAAGACACUACGUUAUAUUUAUCUUUAUCCAAACUCCGAGAAACCAUCUCAGAAAGAGACACCAGACCUCUCAGAAGCUCCUCUGCCUCAGAUAAUAUAUAACCUGACCCUGAAUCAGCUGAUAGCACCUGAUAUUUACCUUCAACAGACUCAUGAUGCUUUAAAAUGAAAGACGCUCUCUGCUCUGCACCACAGUUACAGUCACUCAGGCCAUUGUACGCGGACACUGUCGAUGAAUGCCCUGACAGUUUUAUUACCCAAACGCUUUUAUUUUGUAGUAUUAGAAGGCCGUGUCUGUUUUAAAGGUGCACUAUGCAAUUUUAAUCAGCAGAAAGAUGAUUAUUGUCUGAUUUUAAUGCCCUAACAAACUAAAUUAAUAAAUUGUUCCUGUUUUCAUGACUGAAUAAAAGAACUGGCCUUAAAGGAAACACAGUUUCACACUGUUGUACA